GCACCGCUCAAUCUACACUGCCUGCUACACUCUCACUUUCGCCGGCGCCGUCGACGGUCGUGUCGGCCCGCACCGGCAGUGACACAGUGUCUGCGACCCCCGCAUUAGAUACAUACGCACGUUGUCGCACACUGACCAGCUGUUUUUCUGUGCUAUUUGGGUGUUUAAGGAAUAUCUGAUUACAUUGGAGUUCGAACAUUCAUGUACCGAUCAUAAGCUUAAGUGUCUGUGAAUCUUUUUAUUGUUUGUCAAAGUAUGCAAUAAAAAAAAUAUAUAUAUAUAUUGUUAAAAAGUCAUUUGCACAUUACUUAGAAGAAAGUAAACAGAAGACAGACGGAAGGAAGGCCACAAGAGUGAAGGGCAGCGACAUCCUCUUGCACUUCUUCUCUUCUUCCUCUUCUUUUUCUUUCUCUUCUUCGCGGAGAGACAAAAACGUUGUAGUGGGGAUACACGAAGAGCGAAACAAGGUCUACGCCAGUGGUCCGCGUGUACCUUCUUUCAAAAGUGUCGCCGUCACCAAACGCCGCGGAGCCUGCGCCGAUGAUAUCAAUUUUUUGGUACGUCUUGUGAAAAUAUUAUCUUGCAAUUUUUAUUACGAUUAUAUACAUUUAUUAUAUACGUAUGUAUUUCGUAAAAAUUAUUUAUAUUACUACUGUUUUAGUAUGAACAUUAAUGAGUAUAUUGGCGCUUACAUUUUUAUUUCAAUAUAUCGCAUAUAGAAACACCAACAAAGACUCAGUGAGUGACGGAAUGUAAUAAGACGUAAGUGAUAGUGACAGUGAUAUUUAACUUUAGAUUGGUUUAAAUACAUUUUUAUAAGUGAUCUUUAAUACAUUUAUCUGUCAAACUGAGUGUGUUACUUAUUGAGUGUAAAAUUAAUUAUUGCUCGUAGAAAGACUAGAAAACGAUACACUACUUAAAGUACUUGGGAACAGACGGUAAAUAACACAUAAAGUGUUGAAUAUUAAUUAGUGUAAGUGUCGGCAGAUAAGUGAUAAAUAAUUAGUAUUUGUUGAACCCGCUGUAGCGGGUUAAAUCGCUAACAAAGUGGCUCAUACAGCGAGGGAUAGAACGGCGGAGUUGCAGGCGGAAGUGAGGAGUGCUAUAAGAGUACUCAACGGAUGGUGUCCCAGAGGGCCACAGCAGCCUUCAGGCGGACAUACUAGAGGUGACACAGUCCUCAUGUCACCCCAGUCUCAAAUGCGCGGAGGAUCAUUACAUUCAGCACCAACAGGACAUCGGACUAGUACAUCAACAAAUCCACCAACUAGCGUCGUUGUCAGUUCGACCUCUAGCAUGCGGCCCCCACCGCCACCACCACCACCAAGGGCAAGGCCCUCAUCCGAGGGCAAAGGUCACCAUGAGGAGCCCACGAGUUCUAUUCCUGAUCUUGAAUUUGAUGGGACGACAGUUUUAUGUCGAGUUUGUGGUGAUAAAGCAUCUGGAUUCCACUAUGGUGUUCAUUCUUGUGAGGGAUGCAAGGGAUUUUUCCGAAGGAGUAUUCAACAAAAAAUUCAAUAUCGCCCGUGCACCAAGAAUCAACAGUGCAGUAUUCUCAGAAUCAACAGGAAUCGCUGUCAAUAUUGUCGCUUGAAGAAAUGUAUUGCAGUCGGCAUGAGUCGAGAUGCCGUUCGAUUCGGUCGAGUACCAAAACGUGAAAAGGCAAGAAUUCUCGCGGCAAUGCAACAAAGCUCAAAUACUCGUUCUCACGAGAAAGCAGUAGUAGCUGAAUUGGAGGAUGAGCAACGUCUUUUAGCUACUGUUGUACGUGCUCAUCUAGAUACAUGUGACUUUACUAGAGACAAAAUUGCUCCAGUACUCGCGAGGGCGCGAGAAACGCCUAACUACAGAGCAUGUCCACCAAAUUUGGCAUGCCCAUUAAAUCCUUAUCCACAUCCAUUGACUGAUCAUCAAGAAUUUCUAGAAGAUUUUACCCAAAGAUUCUCACCAGCGAUACGUGGAGUCGUAGAGUUUGCUAGACGCAUUCCUGGUUUUAACUUACUCGCUCAAGAUGAUCAAGUCACUCUCUUAAAAACGGGUGUUUUUGAAAUUCUUCUAGUACGACUAGCGUGUAUGUUCGAUGCCCAAACUAAUAGUAUGAUUUGUCAUGAUGGCCAAGUGCUCAAAAAGGAUUCCAUUCACAAUAGUAACGCACGAUUUCUCAUGGAUUCCAUGUUUGAUUUUGCCGAAAGAGUUAAUUCUCUUCGAUUAUCAGAUGCAGAACUUGGUCUUUUCUGUGCAGUAGUUGUGAUUGCUGCUGAUAGACCAGGUCUUCGUAAUGUAGAUCUCGUUGAGCGAAUGCACAAUAAAUUACGCAAUGCCCUCCAAACAGUGCUUGCUCAAAAUCAUCCUCAACAUCCGGACAUUCUUCGUGAAUUGCUCAAAAAAAUUCCCGAUCUCAGGACAUUGAAUACAUUGCAUUCAGAGAAGCUUGUGGCUUUUAAAAUGACUGAGCAACAACAACAACUUCAAGCUUUACAACAGUGGCCAAUGGAAGAAGAACCUGCAGCAUCAUGGGGAUCAGCAUCUGAUGUAACUCUUGAUGAAGCAGUAAAAAGUCCAUUGGGAAGUGUAUCGAGUACUGAAAGUACUUGCAGUGGUGAAGUGGCUGCAUUAACCGAGUAUCAUCAUCCGGCACCAACAAGUGGUCAUCAUGCAUCUAGUGCACCUCUUCUGGCAGCCACUCUAGCAGGUGGACUUUGCCCACAUCGACGUCGUGCUAAUUCUGGCAGCACUAGUUCCGGUGAUGAUGAAUUACAUCGUUCUACCAUGUCUAAAACACCUCAACCCCCACAAUGUCCGCGAUUCCGAAAAUUGGAUUCACCUAGUGACAGUGGAAUUGAAUCUGGUACUGAAAAAACCGAUAAACCAGCUAGCAGUAGUGCUAGUAGUGCACCAACCUCGGUAUGCUCGAGUCCACGAUCUGAAGACAAAGAAGUUGAAGACAUGCCAGUCUUGAAACGAGUACUUCAAGCCCCACCACUUUAUGAUACAAAUUCAUUAAUGGAUGAAGCUUAUAAGCCACAUAAAAAAUUUCGUGCUCUUCGACAAAAAGACAGUGCAGAAGCUGAGCCUGUGAUUGUUCAACAACAUACACAAUCUCAACUUCAUCUUCAUUUAACAUCUCCACCAUCAAGGAGCCCGACAACAGCUCAAUCUCAAUGUCCGCAGACAGCUAGUCUAUUAAGUAGUACUCACUCUACUCUCGCUAAAAGUCUAAUGGAAGGGCCGAGAAUGACUGCUGAACAACUUAAACGCACUGAUAUCAUCCAUAAUUAUAUUAUGCGUGGUGAGGCGAGUCCGAGGUCACCGGCCGCAUCUCCAUCACCAGCCGAACAGUGCGCUUCGACAACGACUCUAAUUGCCCGUUCACCUCAAGGGUCUCAGGGUCUUCUUCAAUGUGCUACCACUGGUUUCUCAAGGUGGCCGGCUACUUCUGUGAUCACUACAACUACAGGUGCAAGACAACAACAACAACAGCAACAACAACAACAACAACAACAGCAACAGCAACAGCAGUCUUCCACAAAUUAUCUUGCUGUGGGAAAUUCACCAGCAUCAUCACCUAGAUACCUCUCAGCUGCAGCAACAAGUAGUACGAGUCCGAGACCAACAUCAAGUACUGCAGCAACAUUAGUACUUUCUGGAUGUCCGAGUAACAUGAUGGAACUCCAAGUGGAUAUUGCUGACAGUCAACAACCGUUAAAUUUAUCGAAAAAGUCACCGUCCCCAUCACCAAGACCACUUGUAGGACCUUGUAAAGCACUUUCUCUUGAAGCGUAGUGCUCUCUAAAUUGUUAUUAUCGUCCGAAUGACAGUCAAAAGAUGAAUUAACCCACCUUUAAUAAAAAAACAAACAAAUCAUUGAUUGUAAUCGAGAGUGCUAUAAUCUCAUUACAAUAAAUUUUUGCAGUCUUCGGUGAAUGAUGCCGAAAUUUCUCAUUAAUACAAUGAGAAAUAAAUUAAAAAGAAUAAAGUGCCAGGACGCUCUGAGCGCGUGACAAACCAAAUAAUUUAUUAUUUAAAAUUAAUUAUAAUUGAUAAUAAUUGCGCGAUAGGAGGUCAAUAAAGGAGAUUAUUGAUUAAGAUACACGAGAAAACAAUCGUUAUUGGUCAGUGACAAGGACCUCUCGCCAUUUUCCCACCUAUUUAAUAAAAAGUUAAAUAGUGCUAAAAAUCCAAGGGUUUUAAUAAAAUAAAACAGUGUGACUAUUAAUGUGAGAGGUAGCGGUUUAUAGCGAAUUAUGCAGUUGGUAUAGACACUUGUCAGUGCCGGUAUUUGAUUUAGAAGUACUGUGUAGACUAUAUCUACACACCCAUCUAAUUGACCUAUCUACCUAUCUAUUUACUGUUGUUAUCAGUAAAUCUAGUGAUUAGUAUACUGAAACUGCAGAUGAUAAUUUGACAUAGAAAAAAAAUUGAUUCAAUGUUACAAAAAUGAAUAAUCUAUUACAUGUGAUAAUCAUGAAUAUCGCGCAUCCUGUACAGUAUCCAUUUCAUUCAUCAAUCAUUUACUCUACUACUAUUAUUAUAUUAUUAUAAUUAUUAUUAUAAAAUAUAAGAAUUAAUAAAUAAUAAAUAAUAUUAUUAUUGUAAUAUCUGUAAGCUAUAAAAUAUAAUCGUAAACAUUUAUCAUUUCGUGUGUCUGUAAUCUGUAGAGACGCGCGACAGCAUGAUAAAGAAUAAAAAGAUGCGUGCGUGUGUGCGUGAGUCGGGGCUAUUUAACGUAAUUGGCGUAAGUGAAGUUUAACAGAAAGAAAAAUAAAAAAUUAAUUAAAGCAAAGAAAAAAAAAUUGAUUAAAGAUUUAAGAGUUUUGUUAUGAGACUGAUCGGCCCAAUGAGUGGCCUCCAGUUUGCAAUUACCGUACCUUUAUACUGUAUGUUAUGUAUGAAUAAUGAUGAGUGAAUGAUACAAAAAAAAUUAAUUAUUUCUCUUAAAUACGUCGUGUAGAUGAUUUAGGAAGUUAGUUUAUAGUGAUACAAGACACGUAAUUAUUCUAUUAUCAUGUGUCAUUCUGUAUGUGUGUAUAUGCGCUAGUAUGAAACGUGAUUAUAUGGAUCGACAAGAAUAAAUAAACAUUGUAAAUAUUUAAAUAAUAUCGUAAGACGUAGUUAUUAGUACACAUGAGUGAAAGAAUAAAAAUUUUGGCGAUAAAAUCAUUACUAAAAAUAAAAAAAACAUAAUAAACAAAUUAAAAUUAUCAGUUGAAAAAUUUUAACAAAAAAUAAGCGGCGGGCCGCCGCCGAUGUGUUGUUGAGACGCCCGCCCUACCCCCCUUAAAAUUACCCGCCAUUUAUCCCUUUAGCAUUUCACAAAUACUUACAUAUAUGCAAUGUGCAGCACACAAUCAUACAACAAUUAAACAAUUUGUAAAGUGAUAAUGUAAAACAAGAUUUUUUUUUCUUUAUACAAUAGAGCACUUUAUAUUGUUUUGGAUUUUCUUCAUGUGCUCAUGUAUACUAACGUAUACAAAAUCAUUCCCAAUUAUACUCAUUACAUUAAAACUACAUUGCUGAGCACUUUUUUUCAAUAAUUAAUUAUUAAUUAUUCAGUCAAUUCAAUAUUUUGUUUCUUUAUUAUCUUCUUUACAAAUAAAACUUACAAAUACAUACAUACGCUUGAAAAAAUUUUCAUUUCCUUUCUUCUUAUUAUUAAAUGCUCUAAUUUAUCAUCAACUGAUUGAUUAAUUAAUCAUCAAAUUACUGAAUAAUUGAUUAAUUGGAUUGAAAUAAAAUAAAAAAUGAUUAAAAUUAGCAUUGAUAUUCGUAAUACUGUUAUGCAUUAACUACACAUAAUUAUUAUAGUAAACGAUACAUAAAGUAUGAUAUAUUUCUCUAUCCAUUAAGACGAAAAUACAAAGCAGUUGUUGUUUCUGAUGAACAAAAGUACUAAGCAUGAAUACAAAACAGCCCCGCAUAUUGCCCAGUGAGCACGUCAUUUUGUACGCUUGGGAGUUGUGAGGUCGUCUGAAUAAACAUUGUCUGGUGAAUUAUAAA